AUGUCUAGCCAGGAGGGGGCGGCCCCCCCGCCGGAAGGCGUAGUGCCCAACCUGGACAACCCUACGGACGUCCUCCAUACGAUCAACCUCGUGUCGCAAAUUCUGUCGAUUGUGUCUGUCAGCAUUUUCAUGAUAAUCCGCUGCUGCGUGAAGUACUUCAUCACGCCCCCAUUUCAGAUUGACGACUGGAUGGCCGUUGUGGCUUGGGUCUUAUCUAUGCUUUACAGCGCCACGGCACUUGUGAUGCAGCGCUUCGGCGGGGGCUACCAUGUCUACGAAAUCUCCAAGUCAGACUUGAUUGGAUUUAAGAAACUCGCCUUGAUGCUCAUCGUCACAAGAGUCUUCAGAACGUACAGAAAGACCGUAUUAUGCGCAUACGCUGUGAUCGCUCUCAUGACUGGUUACUACGUCCCGGUCUUCUUCAUCAAGACUCUGAUCUGCCGGCCCAUACCCGGGUUUUGGGACCCGAAUGUCAAGGCGGACUGCUUCAAUCAGCGGGCCAUAUUCGUCGCCGACACGGCCGUCAGCGCCGUAACGGACAUGGCUGUUCUCUGUCUGCCAAUACCCGUAGCCGUCACGUUAAGAAUGUCAUGGUCAAAACGGCUCAAAGUCAUGGCGAUGCUCAGCGCAGGUGGAAUCGCUACGGCAGCAAGCAUCGUCCGUAUGAUCCUGGUGGUGCAGCUGCAGAAGUCGGAGGAUGAGCCGGUGGACUUCAUCCGCUUCAACCUCCUCGGCACAGCCGAAGUGAGCAUAGGCAUGAUCUGCGCCUGCCUCCCCGCGGUCAACAUUCUAAUCAUGCGGGGGUGCGAUUUCACACCCAACUCGAGUCGUGCGACGAGGAAUUUCUUCCAGCCCAUCGAACUCAAGUUCUUGAAAGGCAGUAAACUUCAGACGCAAAAUCUGACGGCGAUGAUGAGAACCGACAUGGGCCUGGAGUCGUCUUCGGCGAUGCCAUCGGAGCAGGUUUCACAGGGAACACAGGGAACGCAAGCUAUGCAGGAACCAAGAGAUUUCAUCUUCCCCAUUGAACGACUCAGUAAGAUACACACAGGGCAAUCGAGAGAUCCAGAGUCGGGGAGGCCAGAUAGUUGGUAUACCAAGGUUACGUCACCGACGUUCUCGGGUCCUUCAUCACCAGAUUGGGCGCGAAAAGCGGCCGACGAGGGGUUCUCGUUCUCGGGCCCUUCUACUCCAGAGAUGACGCGAAAGGCCCUUACCGAGGGAUUAAUGGAUAUUGAGUCUACUGGAAGACGAGAUAGCUGA